AGAACUAUUUACAACACCUGGUUAUGAUCUGCUGAGUGACUGCAAUAAGUGGCUUCACAAGGUCUGGCAUUUGACUUUGAAGUGCGAAACAUAUUUCAAGCCCCUUUGAUUCACCGCUGCAUGCCUUCAUUGGCGUCGGCCAAUGUCACGGAGCUUACCGAGGGCAGAACCUAGGCCCAUAAGAAGAUGAUAAUUGCAAAGAUAUUGAUCAGAAAACAUCCUCAUCCCUUGUCGUAUUUCAUUCUUCGCCUCAUAUCCAAGAUGGCAGCCUGCUCUGUUUCUAAUAGCGAUCUGCUGGCUAAGUUCCAGGCUGCUUAUUGGGCCACUCCUCAGAGUCCCUUUUCACUGGCUUACUCCAAAGCUCUUUUAUCCCCAGAUGCUUCCACUCGGGAUACCCAAAUCAACGCUGUUCUGAAAGAAUAUGGCUAUGAUUCUCUCACCGGGUCUCAAAUUAACAGCAUCACCAACACUGACAAUCUCUCACCUUCAUCCACGGCUUCAGUUGCGCCAAACAGCACUCCAGCCAAGUCACCCAGCCCAAUUCCAACUAGCCCACCGAUUACUACGCCGGACACUACUGGCGCCAGUGCAUAUAUCUUCCUCGCUUUUACAGGCUCAUACAAUGUCACAUCAGAUGGCUUCCCGGAUUCUACCGACAAAGUAGUUGUUAGUACUGCUGGAACUCUGGACCUAGGCUCAUCUCAGCCCCCACUAAAGCCUACGGUCCUGAUAGAUGACCAGAGCAAGAACUGGGUUCGGUGGAAUGUGAAACCCGACUCUGAGUGGUACAUAGUCAUAUUCUCUUCGACGAUUGACACCAAGCUUGGUUCGACUAUUCGUGAGAUGGAUGGCUUUCACUGCGUUGUUGACCCGGGAGGUAGACAGACCAAUACUCCAAUCUCGGCCCAAUGCCCUACACUGAAGCCACACAUCGGCAACUCGAUGUCUGAAUUCAUGGCCUUCCUCUCUCAGCCCAUUACAUGGGCUGGAUUGACGUUCACUGGUCUGUUGAUGCUAGGCAUGAACCGCGCCAAGCACAAAAUGGAGAGCCACGAAGCUUCAGAGAAGGAGCGGGCUGUCUACCAGGAGCGCCUCGGAGUGAUCAAUGAUGUUGCACGUAAGGGUGCUGAUAUCGCUGCGAAGGAAAGCAUCUCGGGCGCGAGUCCGGCUGAGCGGAUGGAAUUGCAUGACAGAAUGAGGCAGAGCGUCAGGGACAUUGUCCAGAAGUUCUAUGACGACCCCGCAAACAGAACAGUCGACGCCAACGCCGCCACGACAGCCUUAACACAAGAAUACAAGAAGGCAGCUGCAGAUGCUCUAAGAGGAUGGUCCAAACAAGUCGUUGUUGCCGGUAACCGCUCAGACCUGAGCAAGUACGUGACUUCCUACAUGGACGAGCAUAACCUGAUGGCGCAAGGAGAUCGUGACAAGACGUCUGCGAUCUUCUUGGAAGCUAUUGACCACAGAGCCAUGAAAGCAUACAAGGGCGCUACCAAGGCGAGCGGUUCACCUGAAGCUGCUUUUGACGCCGUGGCUGAUAAGUAUUUAAAGCUUGCACUCAUAAACCAUCAACUUGAAAGUCUCGGAUCAAAACUUCAGAGCAGCACUAGAAACAUCGCAACUGCUGAAGCUGAAUUGAUCAGGGCGAGGUCGGAUCUUCAGACAAAGCAGCAAACAAGUCAAGAGAGGCAUACCGCAUGGCAAAACCUCGUUGCUCAAAUCCGGGAAGCAACUGCAAACAAGCAACGCACUACGGAGCUUGAAGAGCAAGAGAAGCAAGCGAAGGCAGCUUACAGCAACGCUGAAGGCAUAGAGGACGAGGCACAGAAGCAUGUGUUUACGCAGGAGGCGGCGCAUAAGAAGGCUAUGGACGAUGAGACGAGAUGGAAGGGUGAACAGGAGAAGGGUGAAGAGGAACGUCAUAGCUUGGAGGGCGAAACACAGAAUACGGAGAACGGCGUAAUGAAGCAUCUGGGUGGGGGGGAGGAGGGGGAGAGGGAGUAA